CGCCCGCUAAUGCUGUUACCAGUCAAGUGUAUGUAGAUUAGCUGACCGACACAUCAUCAGAAGAGCUGACUGACUGACUGACUGAGCCCUGCACACGGAAUACACUCAAACAGCUUGUUGGUUUUCCAAGCUAAAGGUGUUGCUGUGUUUCCCUGACGGUGUUAGUAUCUCUUCUGAAGCAGUGUGUGUGUGUGUGUGUGUGUUUUAAAACUGGAGCUGGAAAUGCGAAAGUAGCUGCUAGCAAAGCGAGCCCUGGCUGGCUGUAUCCUUCACCAAGACAGGAGCAUAAAUGUUACACACAACACUGUCUGUCGAGACUGUCGAUGCUGGAGAAGAUGCGCAAAGACGUGAGGAUAUUAUUAGUGGGAGAGCCCAAAGUGGGCAAGACGUCCCUCAUCAUGUCCCUGGUCAGCGAGGAGUUCCCAGAAGUGGUUCCUUACCGAGCUGAGGAAAUCACCAUACCUGCUGAUGUCACACCAGAGAGAGUUCCCACACACAUCGUGGACUACUCAGAGGCGGAGCAGACAGAUGAGCAGCUGUUUCAGGAGAUCUCUAAGGCAAACGUGAUUUGCAUUGUCUACUCCGUCAACAGCAAAAAGUCCAUCGAGAAGGUGACCAGCCACUGGAUCCCCCUCAUUAUUGAGAACACAGACAAGGACAGCAGGGUUCCUCUGAUCCUGGUGGGGAACAAGUCGGACCUGGUGGAGCACAGCAGCAUGGAGACCAUCCUGCCCAUCAUGAACCAGUACAGUGAGAUCGAGACCUGUGUAGAGUGUUCAGCGAAGAACCUGAAAAACAUCUCCGAGCUCUUCUACUAUGCCCAGAAAGCAGUGCUGCACCCCACAGGUCCUCUCUACUGCCCCGAGAAAAAAAAUAUGAAGUCACUUUGUGCUAAAGCUCUGACUCGAAUCUUCAAAGUUUCCGACCUAGACAACGACGGGAUUCUCAACGACCACGAGCUCAACUUCUUCCAGCGGACGUGCUUCAACACCCCGCUGGAGCCUCAGGCGUUGGAGGAUGUCAAAAAUGUGGUGAGGAAGAACUUGAGUGACGGAGUGUGUGACAACGGGCUCACUCUGAAAGGCUUCCUGUUCCUCCACACUCUAUUCAUCCAGCGAGGACGCCAUGAAACAACGUGGACCGUGCUGAGGAGGUUCGGGUACGAUGACGACCUGGAGUUAAAUCAGGAUUACCUCUUCCCUCCGCUGAAAAUUCCUCCAGACUGCACCACAGAGCUCAACCACAACGCCUACCUCUUCCUCCAGAGCAUCUUUGACAAACAUGACAAGGACCGUGACUGUGCCUUGUCACCAGAGGAGCUGAAAGACCUGUUCGAUGUGUUUCCCUACAUGCCCUGGGGUCCGGAUGUCAAUAACACGGUUUGCACUAAUGAACAGGGCUGGAUCACCUACCAGGGAUAUCUCUCCCAGUGGACGUUAACAACUUAUCUGGAUGUCCAACGAUGUCUGGAGUAUUUGGGUUACCUUGGUUAUUCGAUAGUUGCUGAGCAGGAGUCCCAUGCAGCAGGAAUAACAGUGACCAGAGCUAAGAAGAUUGACCUGCAGAAGAAGCAGACCCAGCGCAGCGUUUUCCGCUGCAACGUCUUUGGAGACAUUGGCAGCGGCAAGAGCGGCUUCCUCCAAGCCUUCCUGGGAAGCAACCUCAUGCACCAAAAAACGAUUAAAGAGGAGCACAAAUCCUACUAUGCCAUAAGCACAACCUAUGUUUAUGGUCAGGAGAAGUACCUGCUUCUUCAUGAAGUCUUCCCAGACUUCGACUACCUGUCUGAUGCCGAUCUGGCCUGUGACAUUGUCUGCCUGGUCUAUGAUGCCAGCAACCCUUACUCCUUUGAAUACUGCGCCAAAGUCUUCAAGCAAUACUUCAUGGACAGUAAGACUCCAUGUAUGAUGAUUGCAGCGAAGUCCGACCUGCAGGAGGUCAAGCAGAUGUACGGCUGUACUCCUCUGGAGUUCUGCAGAAAGCACAAGAUGCCACCGCCUCAGUCCUUCACCUGCAACACUACAGCAGCACCCUGUAGAGACAUCUACACCAAGCUCACCACUAUGGCCAUGUACCCCCACGCCCGGCUGCGCUGCAUGUGCACAUGUAACCGGUGCACCUUCUGCUUGUGUCAGAACUUCCUCAACUCUGAGCUGCUGCAGACGGUCAGGGCCAAACUCUACGCGGUUGUACUCAGAAGACAUGUGAGUCAGGCAGACCUGAGGAGCUCCACCUUCUGGCUGAAGGCGAGUGUGGGGGCCACGGUGUUUGCAGUGCUGGGCUUUGCCAUGUACAGAGUGCUGCUCAGACCGCGGUGAUGCUGCAGCACGCUCUCUUCUCAUAGUACAUAAUAGAGGUAUUUUGACUUGUCUAAACAUUAAGCUUUCCCAUUUACAUUAAGAAAAUUAAAAAUGUGUUAAAAAUCAUCUGUCAUGGUUUGUAUUAAAGGGUCCUCAUGAUGAAAGCUUAUUUAAGCAGAUGUUUUUUUUCUCCCCCCAUUUAAAUGCAGUUCACUCUGUAGAUUUCUCUUCUUGGGAAUAAAAGAGAAAUAUAUUUAAUUUUCUACCAAAUUUGCUUAAUCUAUUUGUUUGCAAAAAAUAUAUCUAUCUAUAUUUAUAUUGAAAGUCAGUGUAAGCUGCUGAUGAGCGGUGGUGUGCAACAUACAGAAGCGUUACAUAUUGUACAUAGCUUUUUUUCUUUGCUUGCUGGUUGAGAUGAACGACUUGCUGUUAGAUGUCAUAGAUUAUAGCGUGUGGCGCCGUAUGCAAUUAGCCUUGAUGCUGUUAUUAGAACAAUCUGUAAAUAGUGUAUAUAACAUAGGUACUGUACAUUUGUUCAUCUUUGUCUAAUAGGGCCAUGUCUGAUUCCCACUCAAACACUAAACACAGGUGUAACUUUAAAGCUCGGUCAUUCACGUUAGCUUUGAUCGCUCGCUCUGACAGGAACUGGUUCCCCUUCUCAUGGCCAAGUGUUUGUACGCACACUUUUUUUGUAGUGUGCAAAAGGGUCUGCUGCUCUCGACUAUGUCUUCCCAUGUUGGUGUUGGAUCUUGCGCGUCUGUCUGUGUGUGUUUGUGUGUGCGUGUGUGCGUGCGUGCGUUGGUAUGUUGAAAUUCUACACUCUACAGCUAUUUUUCUGCACAUGUUGUGUUAGCAUGCUUUAGAUUCUGACCACAUUCCAGUGUUUAGAGACUUAAAUGACCUCACCAUCUUCUCUGCAUUGCUGUCAGGCUCCCAGUUAUCCCCAGAUGUUGUAAAGUUUCAGGAGUGUUGACAAAGGUUUAGUCCGAGUCAUGGUGAAGUUUGACGGUCAUUUGACCGAGUUGUGAUUCCCCAGUCAAAGAAGAAGCAAUAAUGUGGUCCAAAAUGUUGAUUUCAGUACCAUGACCACUGCUUGCCACAAGACUCAGUGUCAUGUAUUCAUUGAUCCCUGCCUUUCCAAACGUUUACAAUAAAUAAACAUGUCUACAUUA